AUGGGUUUCGAUUCAAAUGUAUUUAUCAGCACUGCUCUUGUGGAUAUGUAUGGAAAAUGCGGUGUUAUAACAGUAGCGCAGCAACUGUUCGGUGAAAUGCCUGAAAGAAACGUGGUAACUUGGAAUGCUUUGAUUUCGGGUUAUUUAGACAGCCAUUACCCUGAAAAUGCUAUUGUAAUGUUUCUUGAAAUGUUAAGAGAGGGUAUUACUCCAACCCCUUCUAGUGUUUCAGCUGUUUUGGUUGGUUGUACUCUGUUAGAAGCAUGUGAACUUGGGGCUCAGUUACAUGCUUUGAGUUGGAAAGCUGGUUUUGCUUUGCAUCUUGUUGUAGGGACAGUUUUGAUUGAUAUGUAUUCAAAAUGUCUCGAUCUUGAGACUUCGAGGAGAGUUUUCAAUCAAAUGCCUGAAAGGAAUGUUAUUACUUGGACCUCCAUGAUUACUGGUUAUGCCCAAAAGCAGUGCCCUUUCCAGGCUAUGACUUUGUUCAAGGAAAUGUUGAAGUUGGGAAUUCGACCGAAUUAUGUUACGUACACUAGUUUGUUGAGCUCAUUUUCUUGCCCAGAUUACUUGGUUCAUUGUGAGCAAGUCCACUGUCAUGUAAUUCAGCAAGGUUUUAACACUAACCACUACUUGGUGGUAACACUGUUGUCUGUUCACUCAGAGUGUAGUUGUACCUUGGAAGAUUUUCAAAAGUUGUGGUCUGACAUUAUAAAAUGGGAUGAAAUCUCUUGGAAUGCCGUCAUUGCUGGUUUCUCUAAUUUAGGAGUCGGUGGAGAAGCCUUCACAUGCUUUACUAGAAUGAAGCGGGCGGGCUUUACUGUUGACCAUUACACUUUUGCAAGCAUCUUGAAAGCUAUUGGGAACAUUUCGGGCCUAGAGGAGGGAAUGCAGACCCAUUGUCUAGCUCUGAAAACAGGAUAUACUUUUGAAGUUUUCAUACAAAACGGGCUUCUUUCCAUGUAUACAAGAUGUGGUAAACUUGAAGAUGCUGAGAGAAUAUUCUCAUCAAUGGAGGAAAGAGACCUCAUAUCGUGGAACUCGCUUCUUACAGGCUGUGCUCAUCAUGGUUAUGGUAGGGAUGUGAUGGUCAUGUUUGAAGAAAUGAGGAGAUGUGGUAUUAAACCAGAUCUAACCACAUUCCUCACUGUACUUUCAGCAUGUAGACAUGCUGGCCUGCUCGACAAAGGGAUUAAAUAUUUUGAUUUGAUGAAGAAUGACAAUUCUCUACCACCACCAAAGCUAGAGCAUUAUGCUUGCAUAGUCGACCUUUAUGGCCGCGCUGGUCAUCUGCUUGAAGCAGAGGCCUUUAUUAACAAUAUGCCAAUAAAGCCAGGACCUUCGGUUUUUAAAAGCCUAUUAAGUGCUUGCCAACUUCAUGGUAACAAGGAACUUGCCGUGAUUUCUGCCAAGAAGCUUGUUGAACUAUGCCCUAACGAUCCUGCAACGUACAUAUUGCUAGCAAAUGUGCUAGCAUCGGAAGGGGAUUGGAAUGAUGCAGAGGGACAGCGCAAGCUUAUGUUGGAUAGAG